GCGUCUGUAACUCAGAGCAAUGCGGCACAUAUAAGGUUUGAUGAGAAGCCUGUGAAACAAAAUCGGGGCAAACUCUCCUACUAUUCCUCAUGUGUUUCAUGUGAAUUUUGAAUUUGUUUCUGCAGAGCUUAUUGAACUUGAAGAUACACAGGUGCAGUUCCAGUUCUUUUUAAAUGACAUCACAACAUACAUAUAAGUCAGGAAUAUGAAAGAUACCUAAGAGUUAAAAAUAUUACAAGGGAACAUAAGAUUUUUGUUUGCAACAUACUGUUUCUCUGAAGAGUACCAGUUGGAAUCAAGAUCAGAAUGAAUUGCUGCUUAUUGCUGCCUUUUAUGUUGGGAAUUCCUCUCCUAUUGCCUUGCCUUAUAGCAACAGAAAACUCUAAAACAGAGGAAGUUAAGCACCCAGCGGGAUCUCAUUUGAGAGUGAGGCGGGGCUGGAUGUGGAACCAAUUUUUUGUACCAGAAGAAAUGAAUAAGACUAGACAUCACAUUGGCCAGCUAAGAUCUGAUUUAGACAAUGGAAACAACUCUUUCCAGUACAAGCUUUUGGGAGCUGGAGCUGGAAGUAUUUUUGUCAUUGAUGAAAGAACAGGUGACAUAUAUGCUGUACAGAAGCUUGAUAGAGAGGAACGGUCCCUCUACACUCUAAGAGCCCAGGUAAUAGACACCACUACUGGAAGGGCUAUGGAACCUGAGUCUGAGUUUGUCAUCAGAGUGUCGGAUAUCAAUGACAAUGAACCAAAAUUCCUAGAUGAACCUUAUGAGGCCAUUGUACCAGAGAUGUCUCCAGAAGGAACAUUUGUCAUCCAGGUGACAGCAAGUGAUGCUGAUGACCCUUCAAGUGGCAAUAAUGCUCAUCUCCUGUACAGCUUACGACAAGGCCAACCAUAUUUCUCCAUUGAACCAACAACAGGAGUCAUAAGAAUAUCUUCUAAAAUGGAUAGAGAACUGCAAGAUGAGUAUUGGGUGAUUAUUCAAGCCAAAGACAUGAUUGGUCUGCCUGGAGCACUGUCUGGAACAACAAGUGUAUUAAUCAAACUUUCUGAUGUUAAUGACAAUAAGCCUAUAUUUAAAGACAGUUUAUAUCGGUUGACUGUCUCUGAAUCUGCAUCUGUUGGGAUGUCGAUUGGAAAAAUCAUGGCAUAUGAUAAUGACAUAGAAGAGAAUGCAGAAAUGGAUUACAGCAUAGAAGAUGAUUCAAAAACGUUCGAUGUCAUUACUAAUAACGAGACCCAAGAAGGAAUAAUUAUAUUAAAAAAGAAAGUAGACUUUGAACACCAGAACCACUAUCGUAUUAGAGCAAAAGUUAAAAACCGCCGAGUUGAUGAGCAGCUCAGGAAAUACCAUACUGAAGCUUCCACCACUGUCAUCAAGAUCCAGGUGGAAGAUGUUGAGGAACCUCCUGUUUUCCUCCUCCCGUAUUACAUAUUUGAAAUCUUUGAAGGAAGCCCGUACGGAUCAUUUGUAGGCACCGUCUCUGCCACAGAUCCAGAUCAGAGGAAAUCUCCUAUCAGGUAUUCUAUUACCAGAAGCAAAGUGUUCAGUAUUGAUGACAAUGGUACAGUCUUCACAACUAACUCUCUUGAUCGAGAGAUUAGUGCUUGGUAUAACCUAAGUGUUACAGCCACAGAAAAAUACAGUAUAGAACAGAGUUCUGCAGUCCCUGUGUAUGUGCAAGUUCUCGAUAUCAAUGAUCAUGCUCCUGAGUUCUCCGAAUACUAUGAGACUUACGUUUGUGAAAAUGCAGUCUCUGGCCAGGUGAUUCAGACCAUCAGUGCAGUGGAUAGAGAUGAAUCCAUAGAAGAUCACCACUUUUACUUUAAUGUAUCUGUGGUAGAAAAUAACUCAAGUUUUACAAUCAUAGAUAAUCAAGAUAACACAGCUGUAAUUUUGACUAAUAGAACUGGUUUCAGCCUUCAAGAAGAGCCUGUCUUCUACAUAUCCAUCCUAAUUGCUGACAAUGGAAUCCCAUCACUUACAAGCACAAACACCCUUACCAUACACGUCUGUGCCUGUGAUGACACUGGUAGCACGCAGACCUGCAGUAAUAAAGAUCUUAUGCUUUCCAUGGGAUUCAGGACAGAAGUCAUAAUUGCUAUUCUGAUAUGCAUUAUGAUAAUAUGUGGGUUUAUUUUUUUGAACCUAGGUCUGAAACAACGAAGGAAACAGACUCUAUUUCCUGAGAAAGGUGAAGAUUUCAGAGAGAAUAUAUUCAGAUAUGAUGAUGAAGGUGGCGGAGAGGAGGAUACAGAGGCAUUUGACAUAGUAGAGCUGCAGGGUGGCACAGUCAUGCGGGAACGCAAGACUCGGAGAGCCACCAGGGUAGAAAUUCGGAGUCUGUACAGGCAGUCUUUGCAGGUUGGCCCAGAUAGUGCCGUAUUCAGGAAAUUCAUUCUAGAAAAGCUCGAAGAGGCUAACACUGAUCCCUGUGCCCCUCCUUUUGACUCCCUCCAGACCUAUGCUUUUGAGGGGACAGGGUCCUUAGCUGGAUCCCUGAGCUCUUUAGGGUCAGCAGUCUUUGAUCAGGAUGAAAACUAUGAUUACCUUAAUGAAUUGGGACCUCGCUUUAAAAGAUUAGCAUGCAUGUUUGGUUCGGCUAUGCAGUCAAAUAAUUAGGGCUUUUUUAUUAAUAAUUUUUUUAAAUGCUAAUGUGUAUUUGCGCAAACUGGUAGUCUCUUGGUAAAGAGUUGUAUACUCCGGUUCUUGGGAAAAAGGAAAAGACCCAAUUUAUAAUGUUUUCUGAUAUUCUUGGGGUAAGUAUCCCAUGGUUAUUUCAAGCUACCCAUCCAUUGUCACUGACUGCAGGUAUGGGGAAGUGAAGCUAACAGUCAGCUCUCGGGUGCCAAGGCAGGCCAGCUCUAGUGUGCCCCUGAAAUACUCCUCUGACAUUUUUCCAAUACCAUCCAAUACAAAUUCUCAAAAUUUUUGAAAGUUUAAUGUGAAAAGGGCCCUGAUCUAGAUUGUCUUAAUAUUAUUUCAUUUAUCCAUUUUUAAAAUCUUACAAAGUAAGAGUGAAGAGUUUAUGUGUGUUAAGUUCCCGAUACUCUACAGAGAUAAACACCUAGGAGAAUCUCGGUGGUUAUACACAUCUUUUAAAAACUGUUUCUUCUCUAUGAAUAAGCAAGCGUCUGACUGAGAGUCUAUGAUUCAUUCUAGUUUGAUAUUUUAAAAAUGUCAUCAAGACCACAUUUUAAAACUGAUUUCAAAUUUAGACAGAUGCUUUGUAUCUGUUAAUUACUCAAAGAUAUAGUGUAAAUUUGUAUUCUCUUUGAUAUUACAGCUUUAUAUAAAAAAAGGGACAUAGACUUUGUUUAGGAGAUUUUCAUAUGUUAUUUUCUUAUGUAUCCAAAAUACAUCUUUAUCAUGUCACAAUACUAUGAUAAAACACAUAUCAACAUUUACUGAACAUUAAAUUUGAACUUUAAGAAAAUGGUAGGAA